AUGUACCUAUCCCGGCUGCAGCCCAUCACUCCCUUCCAACAAAUCCUCGACAAUGUCACAUCCGAUAAACGCGCGAGCCACUACGGCGCGUUCUACAGCCUGUAUCUCGACCCUUUACGCCGACCGCAACUAACCCGUGGUGACGAUCGGAUCCCGGUCUGGGAAAACCAGGAGGUUAACUUGCUGACGGUCGGUCGUGCGUACGGCGACUCGCUGCAGCUGUGGAAGCGGGCAUUCCCGAGGGGUGUUAUCUACGGCAUUGCAAAUGACACCACCUCCUCCUUGAUGCUCCAGGCAGCGGCGAGGGACCCGCGGGUGCGGCUGAUGGUGGGCGACCAGGCGAAUGGGAAUUUCUUGCAGAAAGCGGUUUCUGAUAUUAAGAAUGAGGUGGGUCUGCUUGACUUCAUAGUGGACGAUGGUGGUCACACCAUGGAUCAGCAACAGACAUCCCUCAAACACCUUCUACCCCUGGUCAAGCCAGGUGGAAUAUACUUUAUCGAGGAUCUCGAGACUGCACAGAUGUUGCGCAUGCAGUGUACUACCCCCACCAACUUCUCUACAGGAGUUGCAUAA